AGUAAGAGGAGCUUCAUGUCGGCAGGCGGAUACAACGCAGCCACAACUUUCGACAAACCCACUCUCCAUUCUCUGGUCGCCAUAUUUGGAUGCAGCUACCCAUACUUGGAUAGGGUGGUACCACAGAUAGAACAAUGAGACAUAUUUCACUGGAUGGAUAAACGUGAAGCGAGGAAGCCUAGUGGCCGGCAGUGGGAGAAGAUGGAACGAGAUGGAUUUUGGACGAUAUUCUGCAAAUUUUCUCACCGAUUACACAUUUGAUCUCAAUAUAGUUGUUUCCAAAACUAAAAUAUGUCACGAACAAAGUGGACUACUUUUUGUAGACUUUAGUCUUUGUCAAAGUUACGGGGGAAAAAUGCAUUGUUUAGGAGUGCAAAGGCGAAUUAUUACACACGCGCACUCCACACAGUAGGCGUUCCCUAAUGGAAAUAUGCAAAUGUUGGUUAGAACGCGCCAAUAGGAUCUCGCUAGCUCGGGCUUGGCUCUGCCCAUUAUGACUCAUUCGUUCCCGUUUGAAACGACGGGCUGUGGUCUAUCUUGGUUCUCUUCUACAGAUCUUUGUUGGUAUUCAAUAGGGCUGUUGUGUGUUGGUGAGGAGAGAUUGCAGCUAGCCCUGGGAAAUAUUCAGUGUGGAAAGAAGAAAUAAUACAGGAACAAAACAAAUAGUUUUACUAAGAGUGCCGUGUUUAUAUGUGAGGAAUUUGGUGAAAGCAUUCACGUAUCGCAAUAAGCUGCAUAAUUUACCGCGCAUCCCAAGGAUCCGUCAGGAUGAAACGGCUCAGGUCUUCAAGCAGCAGUGACAGUUCUGACAAUGAGAGUCCUUCCACCUCCUUCUGCUCCUCUAACAAGUAUGGAAGUAAACCUGGAACCCCUGCCUCCGUGCCCAAGAAACCAGCAGAGGUGUUCAGGAAAGACCUGAUCAGUGCCAUGAAGCUGCCAGACUCUCACCAUGUCUCCCCUGAAGACUAUUACCUGCUGGGGGACACCUGGAGACAGGAGUGGGAGAAGGGGGUGCAGGUGCCGGCCUUCCCUGAAACCAUCCCACAGCCCUCCAUCAGGAACAUAGAGGAGAAGCCUAAGGAGGUGUUGUUCACCCUACAGAAGAGGUAUAUCCAGUGUUGGAGCCAGGCCUCUACAGAGACGGGUUACGUUAACAUCAAGGAGCUGGCUGAGGCCAUGUGCUCUUAUGACCUGGAUAACAUGGACCUCUACUGGCUGCAGGCACUCAACGCUGAGCUGGAACACAUGGGGGAGGGGCCUGUAGACGAGUUGACGCUGGAGCGUACCAUGGAGGCGUUGGAGCGUCAGUGCCAUGACAACAUGAACCACGCCAUCGACACCGUAGAAGGGCUGGGCAUCGAGUACGACGAGGAUGUCAUCUGUGACGUGUGUCGCUCCCCCGACAGCGAGGAAGGCAACGACAUGGUCUUCUGUGACAAAUGUAACAUCUGUGUUCACCAGGCAUGUUAUGGUAUAGUGAAGGUACCAGAUGGUAACUGGCUGUGCAGGACGUGUGUCCUGGGCAUCGACCCCCAGUGUCAGCUGUGCCCCAUCAAGGGAGGGGCGAUGAAGGCUACGAGGGCGGGCACCAAGUGGGCACACGUCAGCUGUGCUCUGUGGAUCCCUGAGGUGAGCAUCGCGUGUCCAGAGAGGAUGGAGCCCAUCACCAAGGUGUCUCACAUCCCCCCCUCCCGCUGGUCUCUCAUCUGCAGCCUCUGUAAACUGAAGACUGGAGCCUGUAUACAGUGCUCAGUGAAGAACUGCACCAUUCCGUUCCAUGUGACGUGUGCCUUCGAGCACAGCCUGGAGAUGAAGACUGUCCUGGAUGAAGGAGAUGAGGUGAAGUUCAGGUCCUACUGCCUGAAGCACAGCAAGCCCAAGAACCAGGCCUCCUCCGACCCACCAGCCCCCGGCCUCAGCCCCUGUCAGCCAGCCCACAGCAAGCAGUCCAAGGCAGGGGAGCCAGGCUCCGGUCUCAGUCCGGCCCGGCCCAAACCACCCGUAGACCCAGAGAGGGGGGGCCUGAGGGCCCAGAGGUUGCUAGAACUAGAGGAGGAGUUUUCUACUCUGAUUCACCCUGAGGAGCUGGCCCUGAACCUGGGCCUCCCUCCCAGCCUGCUGGACUUCAUCUACCAGUACUGGAAACUGAAGAGGAAGAGCAACUUCAACCGUGCUCUGCUGCCCCCUAGUGAGGAGGAGGGUAACCUGCUGCUGUUGCCUCAUGAAGACAGCAUCCACACACGGAUGAGGAUGUUCAUGCACCUCCGACAGGACUUAGAGAGGGUGAGGAACCUGUGUUACAUGGUGAGUCGGAGGGAGAAGCUGAAACUGUCUCAGAGCAAGGCCCAGGAGCAGAUCUUCAACCUCCACGUCAAACUGCUCAGCCAGGAGAUCUCUGCUGGUCUGCCGGUGGACAGCGUGUUGUUCCGGCCUCCUCCCAGAAUCACCCUGACGCUGAAGAUGCCCAAAGUGUCGCUGGGUAACGGGAAGACCGGCUCCAAGUCAGGCAACGGCCCCCUGUGUCCAGAUAACAGCGGGAACGUUCACCAACGCAGUGGGGGAGGGAAGGGGCUAGGGAAGGGGGGGGGGCUGGGGAAGGGUAAGGGGGGAGGGUUAGGUAAAGGAGGAGGGAAGCCUCAGCUCCAUGGGCGAGGCAAGAGAGAGGAGUGCUCCAAUGGCAGCCUGCUGUCUGCUUCAGGUCAGUCACGUAGGGAGGGGAGUAAUGCCACUGGACCAACACUGACUAACCGUUCUGCCAGGGGCUCAGCCCUGACCAUUAAACAGACUGGCAAGCCUCUAAUGGGUAAACCGUUGACACUCCACCCUGCCCUACAUGGCCACCCUUCCAAUGGAAAUGGCAAACUGGACCAAGAGCGGACAGGCCCCGUCCCUAGAUCCAAUGGCGUGAUGGAGAAGAUGGUGGGCGUGGCCCAGAAGGACAGCUCUUGUCAGACCCCCAGCGAACAGGAAACCAGCGAGGGUUCAGGGGUCAAGGCCAGCCAAUCAGUCAGCUUCAGUGAUUCCACCAUGGAGCACUUCAGCCGGUCGUUCAAGGAGGCGACGGUCAGCUUGGUGCGGACCACGGAGGACCUGCGGGGGGACAAGGUGUCCCAGGAGGGUAAAGGCACCAGAUCAGCCCAGGACCGACCCUGGGCCAAACCAGUUCCCGGAGUCCCCCAGGGACUCGGUGGUACCAGAUCAGCCAAGGACCGACCCUGGGCCAAACCAGUUCCCGGAGUCCCCCAGGGACUCGGUGGUACCAGAUCACCACCCUACAAGGAGACGGAUGGAUACUGCCCUGACCUGGAACUCAGUGACUCAGAGCCAGAGGCUAAAGGUCAGAGGUUGAGGCAGGGUAGGGUAAAGCAGAGCCUGGGGGGGUCCAGUAGGACCCCAGUACAGAGGUGACAGCCAUGACAUGACCUUUGCCCCGGCUCUGUCUGAGCGAGCAGCUCUCUGGUCAUGGGGCAGAGCCAGAGCCCCUACAAUGGCUGGGCCAUCUAUCUAUUGUACACAGGGACAGGAGCACAGGACUGCUGCAUGACAGGCGUCCUGACCCAGAUCAUCACCUCAGUGGGACUCUAAGCCACAUGUCUUCUUGAAUGGAUUUUUGUUCUCUCUCCCUCUAUGCUCGGUGUGAACGGAAUGCCCUUGGACUGUCUCCUGAUUAAACUACUUGUCUGUUUAUUUCUGUCUUCUUUGCUCUGGCUAGAAAUGAUUAGAGCCUGAAUGAUGGGGGUUUCUUUUUUUGGGGGGGGGGACACAACUUACUGAUGUUGAUUUGGGUGUUUUACAUCGGAGAAAUUAAGGUGUAAUUUUUCCACACUGAAGUCUCGUCAAUUGCCAUCCAAAAUUAGCAAUUGUCCAAUAAAAUAUGUUUCAAAUGUCGAUUUUCAUCCUAUCGGUCGUGCUCUAUAAAUGAUUUUCUGUUCUGUACUCAACCUCCCUAUCUAGGUUAACAUCUACAUAAUAGGUGAAUCUACUCAACCUCCCUCUCCUUUUCUCUCGCUCUUUUGCGAUCUCUUGAACUGCCAGCAUUAGCAUCUCUUGAACUGCUAGCAUUAGCAUCUCUUGAACUGCCAGCAUUAGCAUCUCUUGAACUGCCAGCAUUAGCAUCUCUUGAACUGCCAGCAUUAGCAUCUCUUGAACUGCCAGCAUUAGCAUCUCUUGAACUGCCAGCAUUAGCAUCUCUUGAACUGCCAGCAUUAGCAUCUCUUGAACUGCCAGCAUUAGCAUCUCUUGAACUGCCAGCAUUAGCAUCUCUUGAACUGCCAGCAUUAGCAUCUCUUGAACUGCUACCUAUCCUUUCACAUCAUUUCAGAUGAGGAGACUGUCGUUCAACAGCCAGUUCUUCCGUUAGUCUCCAUUUUCAGAGUUGGACAGAGGGAGUCUCUUUAAGGGAAUCAUUGUGUUCAAUAGGGCACAUGUUUUUGAUGUGUAUCAAUGUGAAAUUCACUGACUGUGUAUUGGUAUGAUUUUGUAUCCUUUUUACUAGGGAAUAAAUAGUAUAUUUAAUCAAA